CAGUGCAGACAAAGCCAGUGAAAAUGGUUGAAUCAUUUUAUUGCUGGGACCUGUCUGUUCCGCAGGUAUCUGUAGAAGAGCACGAAGACACGUUCGUGCUAAACAUCGUGCAUUUUGUAAGACUGGGCGAUGCCCCGUUGUCUUUUAUCGAAGUCGUAAGUAUCCGAGCAGCCUGGCUCCAGCAAAAACCGGACUCUCUGAUGAUUCACUGUAACAACUGCAGCGCGACCUCAGGAAGCGAGUACUGGAAGCAUAUCAAGGGCAUACCGCGACUAACACUCAACUACGUCGAGAAACCGGAGACAAUUUUUGGUAUAAAAAUAAGCUGGAUCGAGCAUGCCUCCGACAUCAUUCGCAUCAGGAUGCUGAGGAAGUACGGGGGCAUCUACCUCGAUAGCGAUUCCUACAUCGUGAAGAGUCUGGACAAGUACAGGCGCUACGAAACGGCUAUAGGAUGGCCACCAGGCCAGAACAUCGGCAACCAGGUAAUCGUGGCCCAUAAACGAUCCGAGUUUUUGCGUCUGUACUACGAGUCGUAUCGCAAGUAUCGGCCUGACCUUUGGUGUUACAACGGCGGUCAGCUACCGACGAAAGAGAUUCUCAGCAAGAAGCCUCACCUUGUCUACAGAGUUCCUUGCGACUUUGGAGUGCACGAAGACAUCACCAAGAUUUUGUACGAACAGUCCAACGACGACUGGAGGAACUUCAGUGCCGUGCACAUAUUCUUCAGGCACAGGGCUUACUACUGUCCCUCUGACAAGUUCGGACCAAUCAACUUCGAGACUGUAGGAUGGUACGAAACGAAUUUCGGGAAGAUGGCGCGCCUCGUACUCACAGGCUCGACGAAGUUGGGUGGAUCGACGGUGAAGAACGUAUCGUUACUAAGUGCGGAAAAUUUGGAUUAUUCUGAUGGAUGUGGAUACUUAUGUCGCCUGAUAUCUCUGCUGACACCGUGAGAAGCAUAUCUCCAAAUAUUGUAUAUAUGUCUGCCUUAGACAAAUACUUAGUCAUCGUUUCGCCUACUUAUGCAUUUGCGUUUUUUUAUUGAAAUAAAAAUUAGUGAAGGAGUUGUCGCCAUUUCUUGGGAAUGUCUGCCCCUUUUUGCUUGUUUG